GCGCCCUCUCCCCGCCGUCGAAAAGCGGGUAUCUCCGCCGGUGGCUCAAGUUGCUGCUUUCCGGGUACUAAUAAAACAUUACACGCACGUGCACUGGGACACAAUCUUGUUUAGGCGUACAGGUGUAAGCAUGGCAUAGCUUUGCUGGAUUUGCUUGGUGCUCCCGCUAGAAAGCCACAACGUGUACCAGAGUCCAGCCUUCUCUCACGACCGUUGUAAAGCCGCUACCCCUGGAAUAUUUCCACUCCCUAAACAACUUCGGACGUCAUAGAAGUGUGUCAGUACUCUCGAACACACAAGGAUAACAUCAUCUUUUAAGACAAGCAAGGAUUUUUGUCUUAGUUAUAGAAAUAAUAUGAGAUAUAUUUAGAAGGUGAUUUUGCAGAUUAAGAAAUGACUCCUCGGAUUUCCUCGAGACACGCCGUCAGGUCAGAAAUCUGACGAGAGUGAUUUCUGCCCCAGUUCCAGAGGAGAACCACCUUAAUGGUGCGUGACCCACGGUAUGCAACUAUUGCUUCAGUGAUAUAGCAAUACCGGGAUCUGGACUUAAUUAAACGCGAUAUAAACUAACAUCGAGCUCAACAUUCCAGGAAAAUUUCAGUUUGUCUGAACCAACUUUUUUGGGAUCUGAUCUAAAAAGCAGAGGCUAGACCUCUCAUAUUAUCAAUCUGAGAGAUCUGACUUUAAGCACUGCUCCACAAAGAAGGUACCGUCUCGAGCCAGCUCCAGUGAGACAGCAAUCAGUAAUAGUCGCCAUCAGUCGAGCCGAUCUGAAAUUAAAAACAAGCCCCACAACAGACGAGAGCAAUAAUCUAAUACUCUCCUACCUUUGACAUUUGACUACGCUAUUCGCUUCCCGGGCAUUAUGGGUAACACCCCGGCAGUGUCGUGUCUGACAGACGGAGGUGACGUGGGCUCCCUCAACAAGUACCUCACAGCCAGGCAGCUGCAGCUGGUGCAGGACACGUGGGACGUCAUGAAGCAGGACCUUCCCGCCCUCGGACUCACGGUCUUCCUCAA